AUCUUCAUUCUUUCAGAACAAAAAUCAAAUUUGGAUACUGUCUCUUGCUAUAUUAUCAACACUAGUUCAGUUCAAACUUUUCUCAAAAAAUGGACACCAUUUUGGAAGAAGAAUGCCUUGCUUUUGACCUCAACACAGCUCCUGCAAGAAAAGCUUUUGACUCUCUGAAGCCAGAUUUUGAAGAUGGCCAUGAUCUUGUUCUUGAUGAAAGCAAGUCAACAUCAGGGAAAGAAGAGCCAGAUGAUUUGAUAGACCAAUUGAACCAGAUGAAGUCAGAAAACAGGAAGUUGAAAGAAAUGCUUAUUGACCUUAGCGAAAAUUAUAAUACUUUGCAAAACCACUUAGUCGAUUUGGUGCAAAAGUACUCUGGAGAUCAGCUGACUAAAUCAAAGAAGAGGAAAUUUGAGGCUCAAAACUCUUUCAAUAGCUAUGCAAAUGAGGGAUGGAACGAUAGCCUAUCUGAAGCAGAAGGAUCACCAAAAAGGCCUAAGGAAAUCAGGACACAUAUUUCAAGAGUUCAUGUGCGAGUUGAUCCAUCUGACACAAGCUUAGUAGUGAAGGAUGGAUAUCAUUGGCGAAAAUAUGGACAAAAGGUUACUAAAGAUAAUCCAUCUCCCAGAGCCUACUACAAGUGCUCUUUUGCUCCGUCUUGCCAGGUGAAGAAGAAGGUACAAAGAAGUGUUGGUGAUCCAUCAAUUUUGGUAGCUACCUAUGAAGGAGAGCACAACCAUCAACACCCUUUGAGAGAUGAAAUGUUGGUUUCAUCAGCAGUACAUGGUGCUGAUGCUGCAGCUUUGUCGUCUAGCUUGAAAUGCUUAGAGUUUUCUUCAGGGCCUAAGGAGGCAGUUGAUUUCAUGGAUCCUGGACUGCGUCAUAAAUUUCAGAGAUCAGUUCCAGAAAUGGAAAGCAACUCUGUUCAACAGUUAAUGGUUGAACAAAUGGCUUCUUCAUUGACAAGGAAUGCAAGCUUUACAGCUGCACUUGCUGCAGCAAUUUCAGGAAGACUUUUGAGCCAUGAUUCUGAGCAGGAGAAAUGAGUUCAAAGUUUUCGGCUAUUUUGGGAUUUUAGAAAGCCUAGUGACUGUGAAUAUUUGUUUUUUGGAGGAGAAUAUUAGUACUACAUAUAAAUAAUUCCUACUUGUUCAUUGAGAAUUUGUGAUACAUGCAUUGUUUGUUGUAAAUCAUAGCAAAGUACAAAUAUCCAAUGUAUUGUAGUACAAGCACCAUAUGAAUGAAAUAUCUUAGACCGGGGAAGCAGGUCCAAUAAGAAUUUGUUGUAAGUUUACCUC